CUAGCCAUUCUAGUGGGUGUUGAAAUAAUUUUACAUUUGUUACAGAUUAUAGAUAGGAAUAUCAUGUUUUUAUUUUAUUCACUUACUGAAUAAUCACAAAGAAAACAAAGUAUAAAUAAGUAUAUUUAUAGUAAACAAAUAAAGAAACGGAAGCAGUCCAAAAAAAUCUAACCUCGUCAAUUUCUAGGUGACAUGUUGUAGUACCAUCCUGAUAUUCCUACUUGAUUAUUGAAUAAGUUUGUAAAUAAGGUAAUCGUAAUAUGGUCGUAAAAAUUCAAACAAGGAAUAUAUUUUAUAAUUUUCGUAAUAAGCAUAAACCAACUUCUUCGGAGGUGCUUACAAAUUAUAUCAAGCAAUGCCAAGAACCACCUUGGACUUCAUAUUUCGUUAAAUAUUCUAGCAUAACUGACGAUCAAUGGGGCAAAUCUCAUUUCAAUUGGAAAGUAGGAAAAUCAAAUUAUCACAUACUCAGGACCGGCUGUUUCCCGUAUAUUAAGUAUCACUGCACGAAGAGGGAUCCUCAGGACCUUAAAUUUGAUGAUAUAUUUUUCAAGGCUAUAAAGGUUUUAAAUUUAGGGAUCCCUUGCCUCGCGUAUGGUGUUUCAGCAAUAUUUUUAAUUCGACAUACGGAAACGGUCAGAAUGAAGAAGGGAAAUGUAGACAUUUACUUUUUGUAUCCCGAAGAUAAAGGAUCGCUUCACUAGAAACGACAAAUACAUAAGAUAAUAAUAAAAAUGUAUUGUAUAAACUUUUUGAAAAUAAAAUGUAGACUGUCA